CUAAUAGCAACUUAGUUAGCUAAACCUUUUGUGUUAUAUUUUUUAUGAAACAUAAAAAUGGCUUUUAACAGAAUGAAUCCAGUGACGGCGUUAAAUCUGUCGCUUCCACUCCGAGGCGCUACGAGGCGCUGUGUCGACCACGCCGGUUGUUUAUUUACUCCAGACAAGAUGGCGGAGUCUGAAGAGCCAAAAGCGAGUUCUUGCACUUUUUUGUUCAAAAAAUCGACUAAGAAAUUCUCCGGACGAAAGAGAAAAGCAAGUGACAACGAUAAAGAUGGCAACAGUGACGAGGACCAGAGCUCUGUGGUCAGAAGAGAAAGGAAGGACAUUAAAGUCAACCCCAUGAUUCAAAAGACAAAGAAAGUGGAAAGGGAUGUCGCAUCUUCUAGUGACAGUGAAGAAGACAAAGAAGGAAAAAAGAUCACUGUGUCCUACAAAUCCACACGGUCCGCAAAACCAGAGGGACCAGAAGACAUGGGUGCAACUGCUACAUAUGAGCUGGACACAGAGAGGGACAAGGAUGCGCAGGCCAUCUUUGAGAGAAGUCAGAAAAUCCAAGAGGUAGAGGAGCUGACUGGUAAAGAGGAUGAUAAAAUCUAUCGGGGAAUCAACAAUUACCAGAAAUUCAUCAAGCCCAAAGACACCACAAUGGGCAAUGCCUCCUCAGGCAUGGUCAGGAAAGGACCAAUACGUGCCCCUGAACACCUGAGAGCCACAGUGAGGUGGGACUACCAGCCAGAUAUCUGCAAGGACUAUAAGGAGACUGGUUUCUGUGGUUUUGGGGACAGCUGUAAGUUUCUUCAUGACAGAUCGGACUACAAACAUGGCUGGCAGAUUGAGCGAGAACUGGAAGAAGGCAGAUAUGGAGCCAAUGAUAAUGAGAACUAUGAGGUGAGCAGUGAUGAGGAAGACAUGCCUUUUAAGUGCUUCAUCUGCAGGGAAACCUUUAAGAAUCCAAUUAUAACCAAGUGCAGGCAUUAUUUUUGUGAAACCUGUGCUCUUCAGCAUUAUCGCAAAUCCAAGCGCUGUUACGUGUGUAACACUCAAACCAAUGGUGUCUUCAAUCCUGCUAAAGAGUUAAUUGCCAAGAUGGAGAAACGCAAUGCAGACACUGAGCAACCACCAUCAGAGGAGGAGGAUUAGCAACAUCUAAACUUUUCCAACCCAUGCUUUCUGUUUGUGUGUACAUUUUGAAUAAAUGACUUUUAGAUAUUUAC